AUGAGUUCUUCAAGGGCCAUAGGAGUAGCGGAGAUGGUUUCUUGCAACUCGUCAACAAAGCAGCCAAAACCCAUUGCUGCAACUAAGCGCAAAGCCUCAAAAGCCAACGGUCACCCUCACAAACAAUCAAAAGAUCGCCAUGUGAAGGUACACGGCCGAGACCGCCGGAUCUGCCUAGCUCUCGAAUGUGCUAAGCGUGUGUUCCGGCUGAGUCAAGUGCUUGGCCAUCGGACUUGUGGUCAGACCAUAGAGUGGCUUUUGCAGCAAGCAGAACCCGCCAUCAAUGCUGUCAUUUCCACCAACUCCUCCACGUUGCCAUCGCCGCCGCUGCCGGUGAUCGACGGUUCGAGUCCUCUUUCCUCUAGUCCACCGUCUGUUGAUUUAUGUGCUAAUUCUUUAAUCAUGUCUUCAACUGAUUUUGAGACGAAAACAAUAUCACCUCCUCCUGAAAACCAAGCAUCCAUAUCUGAACCAGUGUUACCUUGCUUUGAUAAUGAUUUUGAUACAAACUUUGAGAUGGAUUUUUUUGGCAGCAAGAUUGCGAGCAUGCCAUUUGCACACUUUUGGCAAUCACUGUCUGGAUGA